UAUUUUUAAUUAACAGCAUCAAGAAGAGCUAAUAAGAAAAUCUUUUGGAAAGUGUUUACAAAAUUUACGUUGCUUUGUCUGGGCUCGAACACGGCGGAUCAUGGUGGCACCGCCAGCAAUAGUGGCCGUUGCAUUGCUGCAGCUCUUGGGCGUCUCGAUCUUCGUGGGCCAGCCGCGAGAUCAAUGCUCAUCGGCGCCUCACUUGGGCAGCUGGUUGUUUCUACUUGCACUGCUGCUGGUGCUUUGGAGCUUUGAGGUGGUGCCCAAGCGGCAUCUGAGUCUGCCGCCACGCCUUCACAUCGCCGUGGAGCUACUGGGCAGCGUAUUCGCCUCGGAGCUGGCCAUACUAGUCGUCUGGUGCGGCUACGAGCGUCUGGUGCAUCAGUUGAGCCGGCUCAUCUGCCAAAGGUGCCCUUGGUGUGAGUACUUUACGCUGGCGAUGCUAACAGUGCUGCCCUCGGCCUAUCUGCUGCUCGCCGUGCGCCCCACCCAGUGGCGCGAGCUGCUCGUCCAGCUACUAUGGCGGCUGCCACGCCCAGAGGCGGAUGAUUACCUGCUCCAGUAUGCCUGCGAUAUGCACAGCUAUGUCCGUGGCGUGGUCUACUUCUUCCAAUUGAGACGCGAAGAUCGCUUCCGAGCCAUACAGCUAUUCCAGUUGCAAGCGGAGCGGCAACAUCAAUCACAACAAGAACAACAGCAACAUGUAGAGCAGCAACAGCAACACCUCGAACUGGAACUGGCAUCGUAAAUUGUUUAUUGUGCACACAAAUUUAUGCCAACAGCUGUUGUUUUUAACCUGA